AUGGUUAAGAGCUCCAGUGUUUGGGUAUUUGGGGGUAGAAGUGUUAGUAGUAGUGAGAAAGGUGAUCUGGGCCUCAGCGCUGAAGGACAGAGGGGACUCAGUUCCCCUUCUGUUCCUCCAGCUGAGGAACGAGAGAGUCAUCCUACCCAUGUGAGGAAAGUUAGGUUUGAGCCCUCAAAUACUGAGGAGAAUAAGCUACCAUUGAAUAAUGGAGAUAAGUCUGCUGAGUCAGUGAAGAGUGGGAGUGUGGGUUCUGAGAGUGCCUCCCAAAUGUUUACUUUGACUAAUUCUAGAGUGGGGGAAGAGAAUUUGGCUAUUAAUAAAAACAAAGAUGCUGACCUUAUGUGUUUAGAUAAUUUGGUGCAUGUUCCUGUUCAAAAGGCUACUAAAAGUAUUAUUAACGAUUUAAAUCAGACAGGUGAGAGAAAGAAAUUGGCUUUGAAAAAACCAGUUAUUUUUUAUAAAAGGAAAGGCUCUGUUUCUGGGAGUCAUAAAAACAGCUUAGAAACUCAGGUUGCACUGAACGAGAAUAAAAAGAGGUCUUUUGGAAGAUGUUUGUGA